AUGUUGCCUUCUGGAAAAAAACAUACCGGGAAAUCUGGGAAGACACCAGUGGAGGAUCAGGUUGUAAGAGCCUAUGACUUUGAGAAAGAAGAUAAAAAACAUCUGAGUGCUUCAGAGGAGGAUGCUACUGACGCAAAGACUCCAGUAAUUGAUAAGCUUGGGAAGAAAAGGACUUCUGCAGGAAUAGUUGAAGAUAUGGGAGGUGAAGUACAGAAUAUGCUGGAGAAGUUUGGAGCUGAUAUUAGCAACGCUCUUCUUGCAAAGAAAAAAAGACUGGCAAUGUACACCAAGGCUUCCCUCAAAACCAGUAACCAGAAAAUUGAACAUAUUUGGAAAACCCAACAAGAUCUAAGGCAGAAGCUCAACCAAGAAUUUUCUCAGCAGUUUCUGACUUUGUUUCAGCAGUGGGAGAUAGAUGUGCAGAAAGCUGAGGAACAAGAGGAAAAACUAACUAAUUUGUUUCGUCAGCAACAAAAGGUUUUCCAACAAUCUAGAGUUGUUCAGAGCCAGAGACUGAAUACAAUUAAACAGCUAUAUGAGCAGUUCACAAAGAGUAUGGAGGACUUGGAGAAGAAUCAGGAUACCCUACUUACUGGUGCACAAAAUGAACUUAAAAAAGAAAUGGCUAUGUUGCAAAAACAAAUUAUGAUGGACACUCAGCAGCAGGAGAUGGCAAAUGUUCGAAAGUCUCUUCAAUCCAUGUUAUUCUGAUGACUCUUUGAAGGAAGAACUUGAACCUAAGUAAUAUGAUACAAUUAUAACAUUAGCUAAGAGGCAUAGAAGUCUUUAGAGUGGUUUUAAACUUCUAGUUUAAAAUAUUACAUCGUGUUAAUCAUUAGCUUAAG